AUGGCAAACUUGAAGGACUUGCGCUCUUUUGGCCAAGCUCCGUGGAACUUGGUCAUGGCGAUCCUUGUUAUAAAUAUCAGUGUGUUUAGCUUUGGAUUUGAUCAAAGUGUUUUCUCAACGAUCCAAGCAAUGAAUGCAUACGAGAGACAAUUCGGAGCCUAUAACCCCAAAUCGGAGACAUGGGGCUUCAGUGCCGUGCACUUAUCCUUUUUGAACUCAUUCAGUCUACCCGCGAAAUGGUUGGGAGCCGUCAUGGAUCUACUAUUUGCUGAGAAACUCGGCAGAAGGCCAACCUAUAUUGCCAUGCAAUUCAUCGUCAUUAUCGGUAUUGCAGUUAGCUAUACUGCCAAAACAUUUAGGCAAGCACUCGCCGGUAGAAUCAUUGUUCAAUGUUUCGUGGGCUGGAUAACUUCCUUGCUCCAAUGUUUCUCGCUGAGAUCAGUCCGACGUUUCUUCGAGGUGGAAUCGUGGUGA